ACUCAGGUAGACAUCAUGUACAUAUUUGUAGCUAUAUGAAAAUGAAAAGCUAAUUUAAUUGUCAAAAUCUAUGCGUUCAGUGAGUCACAUAUUACACAUUUUUUUUAAAUGUAAUACAAUAUUUGGUCCAAAGUGUCUUAUACAUGUAAGGCUGUAACUUCUGCGGUUUAGGCAUUUACAAAAUUGUACAUUUCCCUGUCAUGUUAUUAAUUUUCAUAUAGACAACAAUCAUAUUGUUGGGCCUUUGCAGUUUAUGGUAAUAAUAAAUAUUAAUGCUUCUUUUUAAAGACAUUUUGUUUCUUUGGGUCUUGAAGCAAAACCAGCUGAGAACCAUUAAUCAAAGUGAUAGUGUGAAAACGUGUCUGGCAGUCAGAGCCUUACAUCACAGAGACACAAAACUUGGAGGAAUGCUUCCUUAUAACACCUGCUACUCAGGCAAGCAAACACACAUCUUGUGGACACUAGGUGGUGCUAUAUUAAGCUCUCCUAUUACAGACAGCAGCCCGUAUGAAGUCCGGCGUGCUCAGGAACUGAACAAUCUGCUGGGGCUGAAAGGAUCCACAGAUGCAAUAGACUUGAUCUGUGACCUUCAUAACACCACGUCCAACAUGGGCCUCACACUCAUCCAUUACACAUCCAGUGACUGGGUGACCCUGCACAUCUGCAAAUACUUACAGACUAAGAUAACCAAAGUGCCUGUGAGAGUGCUGGUACUUGAUGUCCCGAUUAGUGAUGCUUAUUCCUUGGAGUCUGUGUCCAAGCAUGGCUUUUCGUUAGAGGUCGGGCCGCAGCCGCAUGGUGUCGUCAGAGCCGAUAUCUAUAUUAUUAUGAAAGAGGCCGUCGACUUGACAAUAGACUGGAUCCACAAAUUCAACUCAGGAACGGUGUUUGAAGGCGGGGAUGUAGAAGCCUUUAAGUUUAUCAAAAGUGUUGAUUAUCCAAGAGAUCCAGAGACUCGGACUCUCACUGCUGCCAUUCAUCCUCAGCUGCAGGACAAAGACUUCUGUCUUCUCAAGCGGGGAGACCCUUUAUUUUUGUCAUUUUCUGGAGAAACUGUGAACUACGAGGAAGAAGAGACACUUCAUCCUUUCUUUAUCAAUGAGGCUGCUUACUAUGAAAAGGGAAUCGCUUUUCACUUGGGAAAAAAGAUGAUGCUGACGAUUCCAACGGUGCGAGUGCAGAAAGACUGAAGGAUGAGAGAGGAAAAGAUAUUAAACUCGGCACAAUUGCCACCAUCAAUCAGUUGAUUUCAUAAGAAUGUCACUGAAAUGAUUUUGACAAUCACUUGUAACUCAGGUAUACGCCAUGUACUUAUUUUUAACUAUAGGACAAUGAAUGGCUCAUUUAUUAGCUGCUAAAACACGAGCAACAGCGUUUUGGAUGAAAAGAUAUUUAUUGUGACCAGCAAAAUUUUCAAUGGACAGGAACGUGUACAAAACUGUAUAAAAAAGGCAAAACCAUCUGAAGUACUGACAUCAUGAUGAUGUCACAGUGGAGUGUGAGGUAUCCUCUUGACUGUAUUGCUCAUAUGCUGUUGCUCUUGCCUGAUUGUUUGGAGAAAAUUGAGCCUCUCAUGGACUCGAAAUAAAAAACAAAA